AUGUUACUCCAUGUCAUAUUCUAUCCGUGUGCUACAUUUCACCCAGAUCAGGCGUUUCAGCGUAAAAUUUCCUGGGUGCGACGUCGUGGCGAAGACCUACAUUUGCUUUCUUUCGGACGUCACACGUACUCGGCUGAUUCAAGAUACUCGUUAGCAUUUGAGCAUCCUAACGACUGGAGAUUGCUCAUUCAGUACGUGAGUGAACGAGACGAGGGGUAUUACGAGUGUCAGAUAUCCACCCACCCUCCGCUCGUUAGAAGGGUGCAUUUGACUGUUGUUGUGCCAAAAGUGGAGAUAGUGGACGAACGCGGUCGACCGCUUCAAGACAAAUUCUACAAAGAAGGUUCAAUUAUUGAACUGAGAUGCGUUGUGAGUGAAGUUCCACAACCCGCUAGGCAAGUUAGUUGGAAGCAUGGUGGGCGACUUCUAAAUUAUGAUACCAAAAGAGGCGGUGUAAGCGUGAAAACAGAGGCUACGUCAAACGGUGCCUUGUCUCGACUCUACAUAGCGAAUGCAAAUAGAAAUGAUUCUGGAAACUACACUUGCUCUCUGGCGGACGUUGCUGCGUCUGCCGUCUCCGUACACGUAUUAAGAGGAGAGAAUCCACUUGCAAUGCAACGGGGAGAGGCUUCGGUUUUACAUCCAUCGCUCGUUUUGUUAACUUGUUACGUUAGC